AUGGCGGAGCAGCAGGGCUGGAGGCAGCGGCGCUCGCGGAGGACGACGCUGCUUCUGGCGUUCGCGGCGCUGGCCAUGGAGCGCGCCGACGCGGCGCUGCUCCCGGCGGUGUACCGGGAGAUCGGCACCGCGCUGCAGGCAUCGCCCACGGCGCUCGGCUCCAUCGCGCUGUCACGCUCCGUCGUGCAGACCGCCUGUUAUCCGCUCGCGGCGUACCUGGCGGCGCGCCACGACCGCCUCACCGUCAUCGCGCUCGGCGCCUUCGUCUGGGCGGCGGCCACCUUCCUCAUUGGCUUCUCCACCACUUUCCCACAGAUGGCGGUGACGGCGGCAUUGAACGGCGUCGGGCUGGCGCUGCAGAUCCCGGCGAUCUUCGCCUUCGUUGCUGAUUCCGUCGAUGGCGCCAGUAGGGGCAUGGCAUUCGGAUGGCUCGCGGUGGCUGGAAAGGCCGGCACCGUGGCUGGCACCUCCCUCGGCCUGCUCAUGGCGCCGACCACGUUCUUGGGGCUACCGGGCUGGCGGCUCGCCUUCCUCUUGCUUGGCGUCUUGGGGGCCGCGGUCGGCGUGUCCAUCCGCGCGUUCGCCGCGAGCGACGGCGCAAGAGGACGCGUGGUGACCGCGGCCAGCGUCAAGCCGGUGAGGCAGGAGCUGCAGGAGUUCGCCAGGGAGGCCAAGGCCGUGAUGCGGAUCCCGUCGUUCCAGGUCAUCAUCGCGCAGGGCCUGACCGGGUCGUUCCCCUGGUCAGCGCUGUUGUUCACGGCGAUGUGGCUGGAGCUCGUCGGGUUUUCCCACGGCGAGACGGCAGCGCUCAUGACGCUGUUCAAGGUUGCCACGUCGCUGGGAUCUCUCUUCGGCGGCAGGAUGGGGGACGCCCUCGCCCGGCGGUUCAAGAACUCGGGCCGCAUCGUCCUCUCGCAGAUCAGCUCCGGUUCCGCGAUCCCCCUCUCCGGCGUCCUCCUCCUCGCGCUCCCCAACGACCCGUCCUCCACGGUCAAGCAUGGCGCCGCGCUGUUCAUCUUGGGGAUCAUGGCCUCCUGGAACAGCACAGCUACGAACAGCCCGAUACUCGCGGAGAUCGUGCCGCCGAGGGCAAUGACGACCGUGUUCGCGCUGGACCGGACGUUCGAGGCAGUGCUGGCCUCGUUCGCGCCCCCGGUGGUCGGCCUCCUCGCCGAGCGCCUGUACGGUUACAAGCUAGCCCGCUCCGCAACUGGCGGCGGCGUAGACGAGCGCACGACCGUCGACGUCGAGAUGGAGCGGCACAACGCGACGUCACUCGCCAGGGCGAUAUACACCUCCAUUGCCAUCCCCAUGGCAAUGUGUUGCGCCAUCUACUCGUUCCUGUACUGCACCUACCCCAGGGACAGGGAGAUGGCGCGGGCUGAGGCGGCGCGAGAUAUAGGGGAUUACGGGGGUGCAGGAUCAUCUGGAUCCGAGGACGAAGGCGAUGGCGAGAGGAAGCUGCUGCCGCAGUGA